AUGGCCUCAACACCAGCCGACGCGGAGGUGCGUCGACGGAAACCUAUCCGUCCGAGCAAGACCUUCCCCAUGACAUCUCUUCCACCCCAAACUGUGGAUGAUGUACCCCUGAGCAAUCGAGGUCCAGACUACCUCAGGAUACCUCCCGCUGUCUCGGGAGAGACCGACGACGAGACACUCUCUGGCCAGUCACAACAUCGCAGAAGCGAAUCCAUCAACAAGAACGACAUCCAAGACCAAGACAACGUUUCGCUCCUUCCUACAGAGCAGUCCAAGCACUCCACAACAGACAGCGCCACGGCCACACCCAGUGUGCACGAUGAUAGGGGGAGGACUGUAACUCAUUGGUCUAUGUACUCUGGCGGGUGGAUCAUCCAUCUGCUGGCAGUCUCCAUGACGAUUGUCGUCCUUGUUAUAGGGAUGAAGAAAAUUUAUUGGUAUCCCGAAGCCGGCCCCCUCAUACACGGUGAUUACCGCCUGGAUGCCGAAACCAUCAGCAACGUCCUCCAGCUUGUGGCCAAGAUACACGAGCUCCUGAUCGUUGCCUCGUUGUCUUCGAUCGCGCUGGCCAUGUUCCGUCACCGCUUGAUCACGAACGGAGUCCGCCUGGGCUUCCUCACCGGCAGCUAUCGAGUCGGCGACGUCGGCUAUCUCGGCACCGCUGCGUUCUGGCGUCAAGGCCUCGAUAUCCAGGGGCCCUGGGAGAUAUUGCUGUCUGGAUUCCUGGUCUUCGCCACCAUCAUGUCAACCGUCGUAGGACCGGCGUCCGCUGUGCUUCUUUUACCCACCUUGGACUGGUAUGAAUUCAACCCUGGAACACAGUUUGAAAACAUAAAACUUCCUCUUUGGUAUGGGCGGUAUCCAAACAGUACUUGGACUGAAAACUACUGGGGCGCAGACUCACUGGAAGAUGCUGGUUGCGACACCGUCAAUGGCAUAUACACUACCGGUUGUCCCGCGGGAGGGUUCAACGGAAUAUCUACCUGGGUACAAAACCAUGGCGCCACUCAAUUGGAGAAUAAUCUCACAUUCUCUUCUACAUCCGCCGACAUUCGACGUCAUGUAGUGUUUGCUCAGGCCAACUUCUCGGAGGACACAGCCAAUACAACGCUUUCCACAACGGCACCGCAGUUCAUUCUCGACAGCAUCGGUCUCUUCCAGCGGUACAUCAACGCCAAAAACAGGACAGUCGGCGCCGUGUCUCGCGAACCACACUAUCGACUGAAUUUCACAAGACCAGAGAAGAUUUCAGAUUCUUCAGUGGCAGAACUGUACCAGCCAUUCGUGCAGUCCAGGUGUGAGGUCCACGAUAGGGACCAAAUUCUCAACACAGACAUCGCCUAUCCCAACUCAGCCAACCACUUUCAAUGUUUCAAUCAAACAGAAUGCCUGGAUAUAAGCGAGCAUCUGCCGGUAUUCAAAGAUACCCGUCGAGACAGUGACAACAUCAACAUUGAUAGACUUGUCGCGAGUUCAGCCGUCACCAACUACUGGACAAUCAAUGGCAGCUCUUCCGUCAUAUUCUUGCGCGGGUUAAUGCCAAAUAAAACAUUGGAGAAUGGCAACCAGACUCAAAUUGCUUACUUGUGCACCCUGACUGCGAACUGGGUGCCUUCAAAUUUCUCGACUGACCCCGGAGUUAGCGAUGUUCUUCAUUCCACAUUGAGUGACGAAAACCGUAUGAAAAACGUGUAUCACAACAUCUCCGUCCAAGGGGUUCUCCCCAUGAGGUUUAACAGCUCAUGGUUUAAGCACGCCAAUCCAAGUUGGAACUCGACGAAGAAUACCACUGCUCUUGCGCGUGUUGUCAAAUAUUUCGCUCGGCAGGAACGGCAAAACGGCUCGAUCCAGGGAUAUAUGGCGCUCGGUGACUCUAGCAACAAAGCCGCGAUAGAGGGCUUACUUGCCAAAGUAUUCGGAGGCUAUCUCACAGAUGCUCUAGCACGCAGCUCCUUCGGUGGAAGAACAAUCGUGAGGUUACCUGACACUGACUGGAAAUUUGUCGACCUUGUCCAACAAUACGGCGAUCGAGGCGGCAUACACAAGUAUACUCCCCACAGCCACAACCACAACAUUACACUUGACCAAUGGGGGGAACUUACAAAUGAGAUCAAUGGGUCGUUCCACGAGGUGGUGGAGAGGUUUGAGUCUUUCUUGGCCAUCGACAUUCAAGCCGAACGAUACGGGUACGGCACCGGCCAACAACGCAAGACGGCGUCCUUUGCCCAGGCCAUGCUGUUCAUCUACCUCGGCGCUAUCGCGAUCUACUCUGCCACUAUCACGAUCUACUCUGCCACUAUCGUGGUCAGCAAAGAACCGGAGUAUCUCGAGGGAGGGAAGCCAGGUGGUCGUCGUCGGAGUGUCAUCCCGUGGGCCGACAUGCAGGAUCUCUUUGUCCUCGGGCUUCGAACGACGCCUCCCGGCGGCGAUGACCUGGCAACCUCCGGCGUCGGCGUGAGUGACAUAAGAAUCUGGCAGAAGGUUGUUGCAGCGAGGGCGGGUAAUGAUAACAAAGUGCAACUGGCGUUUCAAGGGUCAUCCCUAAAGGAGUUGAAACCGAGUAACGCGAGAGAGUAUUGCUGA